GAUUUCAAUCAAGCACCUGCAGGAGGAAGUGGAUUAAGACCUGGAUCGCAACGAUUUGGAUCCCGAAUCAGCAAGGAGAAGGUGGAUCGCGAACAGCAGUGGCAGCGGCUCCAAGCUGGUUCUACACGAUCCCCGUAAUAAAGGCAGCCCGGCGGUGCAGGAGCUGCAGCUAGCAUGUGUGCUGUUCAAGUUAAGCUUGAGUUGGGUCAUCGGGCUCAGGUUAGAAAGAAGCCGACGCUCGAAGGAUUUACCCACGAUUGGAUGGUAUUCGUCCGAGGACCGGAGCACAGUAACAUUCAGCACUUUGUGGAGAAAGUUGUGUUUCACUUGCAUGAGAGCUUCCCAAGGCCCAAACGAGUCUGCAAAGAUCCACCGUACAAAGUAGAAGAGUCGGGAUAUGCUGGUUUUAUUUUGCCAAUAGAAGUCUACUUUAAAAAUAAGGAAGAGCCUAAGAAAGUCCGCUUUGACUACGACUUAUUUCUGCACCUUGAAGGUCAUCCACCUGUAAACCAUCUCCGUUGUGAAAAACUCACUUUUAACAAUCCCACAGAGGAGUUCAGGCGGAAAUUGCUAAAGGCCGGAGGGAUCAUGGUUAUGUCAGAGGGAUCAUCCUUCUCUUCGGGCACUAGCCUUCAUCUCCCCAGCCUUCCCAGCAACUCCUUAUCAUUCUCAGAUGCAAAGAAGUGCAAACCAUCUCAUGGAUCCAAGGACCCCAAUAAACUUGUUAGUAUUAACACUAGCAGUAACACCAGUAGCAGCAGUGUUGGCUUGUCAAAACCCCACAAGUCUUCAAAGGAGCACAAGGAAAAAUCAUCAAAGGACUCAAAAGAGCAUAGAAGUGCCUUCAAAGAACCUUCCAGGGAACAUACCAAAUCUUCCAAAGAUUCCUCCAAAAAACCCAAAGAAAACAAACCACUAAAAGAUGAAAAAAUUGUCCCUAAAAUGGUCUUUAAGGAACCUAAGCCCAUGUCUAAAGAGUCCAGGUGUGAGAACAAUAAUAUUCUUACGGUAUCGAGUGGACACCAGCAAGAGAAAAAACUGUCUAGCAAGAGACCACCACACAUAGACUCCGAGGAUCCGCUCUCCAGCAAAAAGAGGAAAAGCAGCUCAGACUCAUCACUUAAAGGUUUUUCUAAUUCUUCACUGCUGACACUAUCUUCUGAAAAAAAACCCCUAAAAGACAAAUCUCAACCUAAACCUGGAAAGGUAAAAGUUGAGAGUGAAGUCCUAGAUAAGAAGAAAGUUUCCUUACCCCCUUUUGAGGACAUUGUGGAUCCCAAUGACACAGAUAUAGAAGAUAACAUGUCGUCCAAAUCGGAGUCAGGUCAGCCAAGUCCUGCCAGUUCGAGCUCGAGCUCAAGUUCCAGCUUGGCACCACCUCAUAACCACAGACAAGGUUUCUUUAUGUCUUGUCCAGGCAGCCUUAGGUCCAUAAUGAAAGACUUGCAUUCUGAUGAGAAUGACGACGAAUCUGAUGAUGCAGAGGAUAACGAUUCUGAGAACGAGAGGACGAUCCAUAUGCAUGGAGGAAGCCGGGCUCGCAGGAUAAGCCUUAGCGAUGGAAGCAAUAGUGAAAGCAGUUCUGUUUCCUCGCCAUUACGAAAUGAUCCUCCGACGUUGCUGAAAACAAACAACAAUCAGAUACUGGAGGUAAAAAGUCCAAUCAAACAGAACAAGUCUGACAAGCAAAUAAAGAAUGGAGACUGUGAUAAGGCGUACUUAGAUGAAUUAGUUGAACUGCACAGACGAUUAAUGACUCUAAGGGAGAGACACGUACUUCAGCAGAUAGUAAACCUUAUAGAGGAAACUGGACAUUUCCAUAUCACAAAUACAACCUUUGACUUCGACUUAUGCUCUUUGGACAAAACUACAGUUCGUAAACUACAGAGUUAUCUGGAAACAUCUGGAGCAUCAUGAAGUUAUCACCUAUGCCUGCCUUGCUUGGACUCUUUGAGGACAGGAAACAUGCAACUUAACUGUUCAUGAUUGUUCAAAAUAAAAUGAUCAGAACCAAGUUCUCAAGAGAAGGAUAAUGAAAA